AUGUCCAUUCAAACUAGCAAUCCGAGCUCCAACGAUUACAGCAAGGCCCUGUCGCUGAUCGCGGCGCACUCUCAUAUUUCAGGUCUAGGUCUCGAUGAGCAUCUCCAGCCAAAGGCCACUUCUCAAGGUAUGGUUGGACAAAUACAAGCCAGAAGAGCCGCGGGGGUUAUUUUGAAAAUGGUCCAGAAUGGUUCUAUUGCGGGCCGUGCGGUUCUCCUCGCUGGUCCCCCCUCUACCGGUAAAACAGCGCUUGCAAUGGGGCUUUCGCAAUCGCUUGGUGAAGACGUACCUUUCACGGCAAUUGCCGGAUCUGAGAUCUUUUCCCUUGAAUUGAGCAAAACUGAAGCGCUUACUCAGGCAUUCCGUAAAUCUAUUGGCGUGAAAAUCAAAGAGGAAACCGAAAUGAUAGAAGGUGAAGUGGUGGAAAUUCAAAUCGACAAGUCCAUCACCGGUGGCCACAAGCAGGGCAAACUGACAAUCAAGACAACCGACAUGGAGACGAUCUACGAGCUUGGAAGCAAAAUGAUUGAAGGAUUGACCAAAGAAAAAGUGCUGGCAGGAGACGUUAUUUCCAUCGACAAAGCCAGUGUCAAAAUUACAAAACUAGGCCGUUCGUUUGCGAGAUCUAGAGACUACGAUGCUAUGGGCGCCGAUACCAGAUUCGUGCAAUGUCCAGAAGGAGAAUUGCAAAAAAGAAAAUCGGUUGUCCACACCGUGUCGCUGCAUGAAAUUGACGUUAUAAACUCUAGAACGCAAGGGUUUUUGGCUCUUUUCACCGGUGACACAGGAGAAAUCAGAUCGGAAGUAAGAGAUCAGAUCAACACAAAAGUAGCCGAAUGGAAAGAAGAGGGCAAAGCUGACAUUGUGCCUGGUGUGCUAUUCAUCGACGAAGUGCACAUGUUGGAUAUUGAGUGUUUUUCUUUCAUCAACCGUGCUUUGGAAGACGAAUUUGCUCCUAUAGUAGUGAUGGCAACUAACAGGGGAAUCUCCAAAACCAGAGGAACAAACUACAAAUCUCCGCAUGGACUGCCGCUCGAUUUGCUCGACAGAUCGAUUAUCAUAACGACCCAAAACUACAACGAGCAAGAAAUAAAAACAAUCUUGUCCAUCAGGGCACAAGAGGAAGAAGUUGACGUUUCCGCAGAUGCCUUGGACCUGUUGACGAAAAUUGGUACAGAAAGCAGUUUGCGAUACGCCAGUAAUCUAAUCGCUGUUUCGCAGCAAAUCGCCCAGAAACGUAAGAGUAACAGCAUUGAAGUUGCAGACAUAAAGAGAGCAUACUUGUUGUUUUUGGACAGCUCCAGAUCUGUCAAGUUUUUGCAAGAAUACGAGCCUCAGUACAUCGACGAUCAAGGGAAUGUGCAAAUUGCCAGCGCAGACACCAAUUCUGACGCUAUGGACACUGCAGCCUGA